AUGCACUGUGCUCUGGUGUGGGUCAGCUGCAAUGACGACAGUGCCACUGGAGGACUGGUGGCACUGGUCAAGUCAGGUCUGACCAGUCCACAGGAGCUCCCUGAGUUCUUCUGGGGUCACCUGGAGAGAGAUGUGCAGCUCCUGGCCACAGCUCUCGGCAGGAACCCCGAGGAUGCUGCCAUUGUGGUUCAUCUUGUUCUGAGGAACAUAGUCAACAUCACCCCUCCUAGUUCUACUUAUCUUCUGAGGACUCUUGGGACAAGAGAUGUCCGCAAUCAGUGGGAAAAGCAGUUUAAUAGGCUGUACAUUAAACCUAUUCUUCAGAUGUUGGAGUCUGAGUUAAGCUCUACAAUGACAAAAUUCCUGGACGAUGAAACACAAGAGCACAACCCCCUCUAUGAUCUGGUAUACCAUUACCAUACAUGUACAAUGGAGGAUAGUGUAGAUGCUCAUCUCUGGAGAUACGAACCUCAAAUCUCUCUGGAGAACUUUUGCCAAUACAUGGAACUGCAGAAGAAAACAUUUCCUAUCCUUAAAGAGUUCCUUAAAAAUGAGUCAAUACUAAAAGCUGCUCAGUGUAUUCCAGACAUUGUGAGACUGCAAAGGGAAUUACACGAUGAAUUUCACCACCGGAUUAAGCACAAAGUAGCUCACAACAUGACUAUGUGUGAUUUUAUUCACACCAAACACACUGAGACAUUGCAGAAUGAGUAUCAGGAAAUUGUUUCCAACAUACAAUAUGCCUGGGCCCUUGUCAGAGAGAAACUAGUGCACCAUGGCCACUUGAAGGUGAAGGAUACUUAUCUUAAGGUGGAGCUGGGCCUAAGCACACCUCUGGAAUACUUCAUUCCCACUACCACUGGUCCUGGAGCUUGCACAUUUUCCCUGGUCCACUACCUCUGCUAUGUUCACAACAACUUCAUUGCCUGGUGUCAAGCCAUUAGCAACACCAGUUCAUGGAGGGAGCACAAGAUACAGCUGGACCACAUCCACAAGUGCCACCUUUUGGACUACCAGAGCCAGCUCCAGUCCAUCCUUCUCUCCCACUGCCACUACUCCCUCCAUGUGGGGGAGGGUCGAGAGGUCUCCUAUGACCUCCCAGCUCUGGAGAAGUGUAUCGUGGACCGCUUCAUCCAUGGGAAACCUACCAUAGUUGUUGACAUCCCUAAUGUGAGGUACCAGGAAGACAUCUACACUGCAGCCGCAUUUGCAGCUGUGAGGAAAAAAGUGGCACGACAGAGGGACCUGCAGCAGAGAGUGCAGCUGGACAUCUUACGAGAGCUGGGGUCUCCUGACAAACUGUGGAAAUCGCUGGAUGUUGUGGAGAUAGUGCUUGGGUUUUUGACCUCAGGUGGAGGGAGCUCAAAAACUAAGCUCACCUCCUACCUUAGGAAAUUAAAAAUGGAAAAGAUGUCUUUCAGUGAAAAGGCUAAAGAGCAAUGUAACCUGGAGCAUAUCAUAUCCCUAUGGCAGACCUUGUCAGUUGGCCUCGCCCGAGACAUCACCUUGAAUGGCCAGGAACCAUUCCAUACUCUGAACCAUGAGCUGCUAGAGCCACUAACAGAGUGCCAGUGCCGACAUCUGGACAAAGCUCUUCCUAAGGUUGACUUGUCAGCUCUUCUGGGGACACUGUAUGAGUUCAUUGAGACCUUCAUCAGACACAUUGACUUGAGGAACAAGAAGCGGGGGUGA